AUGAUCAAGCAUUCAAAAAAAAGAUUAAAAAUUUAUUCGAUUUCCGCAAUUUUAAUUGUGUUCAUUUUUACUGUGUAUAGUUUUAGUUCCAAUUCUGAUAAUAAAGUGAUUGUGUUAAAAAUUGACCAAGCACAGGAAGAACUGAUUGAUUACAAUGACUAUAAGUACAUGGUCGAGCAAUUACGACGUGUUGGUGAUGGUGAAAUAGGUAGACCAGUAUUUUUAGAAGAUCCAAACGAGAUUAAAAGAAACGAAGAACUUUACCAAAAAACAGGUUUCUAUGCCGUUGUGUCCGAUAAAAUUUCAGUCAACAGAUCAAUCCCUGACCUACGAUCAGCUGAAUGUCGUCAACAAAAAUAUUCAAAUAAAUUGCCAAGCACGUCUUUUAUCAUCAUUUUUCAUAAUGAGGUGCUUUCUGUGCUUAAACGUACGCUACACAGUGUUUGGAAUCGAUCGCCGUCAAGUCUAUUACAUGAAAUAAUCCUCGUGAAUGAUGCAAGCACUGAAAUUGAGCUUUAUGAUGAGCUACAAAAGUAUGUGGAUGUGAAUUUUGGCAAAAAGGUCAAAAUUAUAAAUUUACCAGAACGAAAGGGAUUAAUAAGGACAAGAAUGGAAGGUGCUAGAGCAGCAACUGGAGAAAUUUUAUUAUUUUUUGAUUCUCACAUGGAAGUUGGCUAUAACUUUUUACCUCCACUUCUUGCUCCAAUCAAGGAAAAUCGAAGAAUAUCUACAGUUCCAGUUCUUGAUGACUUUGAUGCCAAAAAUUUUGCAUAUUACGGAUUAAAUCCAACAAGAGGUGUGAUUGACUGGACUUGGAUAUUCCAUGAAAUAAGUCAGGAAUUAAAAGAUCCAAUAAAGCCAUUUCCAACUCCAAUCAUGCUUGGAUGUGCUUUUGCAAUUGAUCGAAAGUUUUUUAUUGAAGAACUAGGUGGAUAUGAUGAGCAACUAGACAUUUGGAAUGGCGAAAAUUAUGAAUUAAGCUUUAAACUGCAUUUAUGUGCUGAUGGAUUGUUUGAAGUUCCAUGCAGUCGUGUAGCACACACAUUUAGAGACAUUAAUCCUUCAAGAAGCUGGAAGUAUGAUUAUGUUGCUAGAAAUUUCAAAAGAGUCGCAGAAGUAUGGCUAGAUGAGUACAAAGAGAUUCUUUACAAUCGUGAACCUCAAAAGUUUGAGAAUGUAGAUCCAGGAGACUUAACAUUACAAAAGAAAAUCAGAAAAGAUCUAAACUGCAAGCCAUUUAAAUAUUUCCUUGAUGUUGUGGCUCCAGACAUGGCUGCAAGAUAUCCACCAUUAAGACAAGUUCCAGUAUUUGCAUCAGGAACGAUUAGAUCAGUCGCUAAUGACUCAAACUUAUGUCUUUAUGGAGAAAAUGUUCCUUUCAUUGAAUUGGAACUAAAUGAAUGCUAUCAUAACUUAAUUGAACCAUUUUCACAGCAAUAUUGGCUAUUAACAUUCUACAAGCAACUAGCAUUAAGGAACACUGAGUUGUGUAUGGAUACAGCAGGAAAAAGUAUGUUUGAUUGUCAUUAUGAAGGUGGAAAUCAGUUGUUUAAUUAUGAUAGAGCAUCAAUGCAGAUAUUUAAUAAAGGUAAAGACAAAACUGUGUGCCUGACUGCAGACCAUGAGAUUAAAAGGAUUAGUUUUGAGAAUUGUGAUGAAGCUAAUGAUUAUCAAAGGUGGGAAUUUGGUUAUGUCAAUGGAACAGCUAUGCAGCGUUGGGAUGAGAUUAAUGAUUUUGGGAAUAUGUAG